GUUCAAAUGCCUAGUCGACUUAAGAAUGUUGAAUGACAUAUUUAAAAAAAGAAAAUAUGUGAACAACUCUUAAUGCGUAUGCCUAACGGACUUAAAGAAUAGACUGUGAGUACAUGCAGCCCAUGUUACCUCAACACUUGAUAAAUACACUCAUAUCAUGCUAUGAGACUGUCUUGGCUUGAAUGUGGAGUGAAAUGUUAGCUGGUUAUGACGUCUUGAGGAUUCAAUUUGAUCAGGCGAGUUUGUGUAGGUUACUUUCCCCACGUGGCACUCAUCACGUCACAAAAGCCAAUGUUUGAAAACUGCUAUCGCCGAACAAAGAACCUAGCGUGAAUGAAACCAAUAAGGAGACCACACCAUCCCAUUCAGCAAUAGAAAAGAAUAAAAAUAUGGAGCUGAUUGCUUUGAAACUAAACAUAGAUUGAUCUUUUCAGGCUUUGGUGAUUGUUGUGUAUCCGAUGCACAUUUCGGAUAAAGAACGGCGUUACAAAAAAAUAUUAAUACGAGGUGGCCGCCGGUUAAGCUUAGUGGACUAGUAUGAAAUGGAUCGCAAGCAUAACGACAGACAUAACAUAUCACAAAUACAAUUGCACAAGGUUCUGUAAUAAUGUGCGCAGCAUUUGUAUCAAUAUGCGGAAUAUUUCUACCGGUUAAAUCAUGAUGGCACGCUAUAGUUCCUGGCAAUCGCGUUUGCGAUCUAUUUGUUCUCCAUUCCCGGUUGUUUACUACAUACUAUAUCACAUUCGAUGUGUUGUGUGGGUAUAUGAAUGAAAUGAUAAGAGGACUUAUUACACGUUAAUAAGAGAAGUGUGGUAUUAAAAAUAUCAAAACGAGUAAUUUAUUACAGCUUUCUACGUAAUAUAUUUUGAUGUAAUACAAUUCUAAGUGCGACAGAAUCCGGUGACUGUGACACAUAUGCAUAAUACAAUGGAAUAUUACUGAUGGAUAAAAAUAUUGUUUUGGUUGAUCCUACAAGGCGUUGUGCAAAAUACGUGUUUUCAUUUGACGGUGAAACUAAUAAAUUCUAUGAACAUAGUGAACGAAUUUCUAAAAAUGAAUGAUAGCCCCGUUGGAAGUUUUGUAGUGGAAAUAACUCCAGUCGACAAGCAAAACAUGUAUGCAAAGUGUUUGCAAAGUUUAUCCGCCACAAUGAAACGCGCUUCGCGCAAAGUCAGUUACGGGUCUUGGAAAAGGUGUACCUUGAUUGGACUAGGACUUGUCUAUGCAAUUAUUCCGACAGUGGCCGCCAUUGACUGCUACCACUGUGCCUCCCUCCAAGGUGACCACAAGGAAUGUGAGGAUGUGUUUGCUCGGGACAUCACGACUGAGCACUUGAUUGCCCGGGAUUGCAUGACAGGGUACUGGAAAGGCAGUCACUGUAUCAAACUCAAGGGAAAACGAAUUGACGGAACAACGAUUUUGAUCCGACAAUGUGCAAUCUCUGACUGGGGAAGUCGUUGUGGAAUUAUUGAGUUCGAUGCGAAAGGAAAUCAUAAGUUCGAGGACAUCGACGGUUGCUUGGAAUCGUGUGAUUAUGACGGAUGUAACAUAGCAACGACGCCAUUACAUAGCUUUGUAAUCAUACUUUCAUCUGUGAUGUUUUGUUUCAUUCUUGCGAAAACCUAACCAUAACCGUUUAUACAUGAUUAAAUAAGAGGGUUCAUUUAACUAUACAUGUUUAAAACUUGUAUGUAAACACAUUGUAUAUCAACAAAUACAUUCCUAUUCCACAGUAAAUACAGUAACAUAUUCAUAACUGUAUAUUUGUUUCAAAUUAUAACUAUUAUAUAACGGCUUUAAGCAAUUGUCAUUUUUUAGUCAAAAUUAUCACUUAAAAACUCAUGUGCUGUUUAUUUUGAUUUAAGUAAGACGCAUGUUAAAAGCGGUGGUUGUGCAUCACAUUUAUCUCGUCGUCAUUUGCAAAAGAAUACUGUACAAUUGGUGAAACAAUGAAAAGUAACAGACACAAAUGCAAAACGCACACCCAAACAUAAAUCUAAAUGAGUGUGUAACUAAUGGAUCUUGAUAAAAUUUUAUGCAACAGGCUUUAAAACAUAAAAUUCAAUUGCAUAAUAUAGCAAACAUUUCCAGAAAAUAAUAAAUUACUCUGUUCGGAUUGAUACAAAGCCGAUGUUUUGAUAUUGUUCAAUGUGACAUACCGAGCUGUGUAAAGCCUCUGCGAUACAAGGAUGGACAGUCAGAAAGAAAAAGACAAAGUCACUUAACUAUAUCCGAAGCUUUCUUUGUGAAUUUGUCAAUCUAACAAUUCGUCUAUACAGAUUGUGUGGGUUUUAUUAACAUUAUUAAUUUGGCACGUUUUGCACUUUGCUCACUGUUGAAGCACUUAUAUUAAUAUUGUUUAUUGUUCAACAUAGGUUUUUUCUGCAUUUUGAAUUUUGUAUUUUGUCAAAACCCGCUCACUGGAAGUGACAGUGGGUUAGAAAAUUAGUGUGAAUUUUAAUACGGAUAUUUGAUGCUGAAGUAUAUUGGUUACAUACACCAAGUACAAAUAAUGGCAGAUAUUUAAGCACAGCUUGUUAUUCGUGUGUCAUCAUUUCAGACUAAAAAGCACCUUUUCUAAUGGUUUAUCACUUUACAGACAGAAAAUCGUGUAUAGCAACAUAGGUAUAACAAUGUUUUAAAGCAAUACUACCACUUGUGUUCAUGAAAACAUCUAUGAUAUUUUUAUUAAGGAAGGCAAAUGCCAGUAAUGUGCAAAAAAAAUAAAAGAAAAUGUAUAUUUCGCCCCCAUCCAAAAAACUGACAAAGAACUGUUUCCCGUGUAGCAUAGUUUUUUUCUUACACAGUAAAUAAUGACCAAAUAUGCGUCAGCUCGUGUGUACUACUGGAAAACAAGCUAAUUUCACACUUCAAACUGCUGUUGUAUCUCAAAAUAUGAAUGUUCGCUUUUUAUUUGCAUAAACUAAUUCUAUAUGCAAAUUAUGUUGUUCAAACUUUCAUGUAAUACACUUCAGGUAUUGUAUGUAUCUCACAAACACAUUUUUUGUACUUUUGCUUCACUUCUUGAUUGCAGAAAAAAAACUCGUUAUUAACUAACAAGGCUUCAUGUUGAAGCGACUAGUCUGUGUUUACUAUAAAUAUUCAAAACAGAUCGAAGGUUAAUGCAAACAAAAAGGGUCAAAACAAGUGGUACCUGAAAAUCUAAAAAUGAAAGCUGUAUACUACUUUCUAUUUACACAUUAUUUAGGCUUGCACAGUAAACUAUUAUACAAGUACACUUGUGUUCAACCGCCACUAUUUACAACAUGUAAGUAUCGUAAAAUGUUUUAGCGUCGAUAAAAGCUGUUAAUUUCGAAAUCCUAAAAUAUGCAAUUUUUUCGCGUUAGCUUAAAGCAACGGGUUCGUUCUUGCAUCUUUAAGUAAUGAUUUCACAUUAAUAUUCUAUUUAAAUGUGUUGUACAGUUCAAUCUUUUGCAUAUAUUUGUGAAUGUUAUAAAUGACACUUAUAUCAUUACCCUUGCUUUUUGUAAACCGGCGCCAGUGUUUUAUGCUUAUUACGUAUUUUGUUAUUGCUAUUAAGGCCUUGUGUGCGAUGAAUGUUAAAUCAUUGUAACAAGUGUUAUUAUACAAUGUAUAUGUCAGUCCUUUUUUCACAAUAAACAUG